AUGAUGAACCGCAAACCGCACCGCGAAAUUCUAAACCGCAUUAUGCGGUGCGGUUUGGUGCGGUGUGGGCGGUUUAUGCGGUUUGUUGCACAGCCCUACUCGACACCCCAUUCUGAUCUAUCUUCCUACACGGAACUUUCUGGAAUCCUCAAACCUACUGCUCGAUCUGUCACCAUACAUGCAUUCUCGAAACACUUGAUUCGUCGCUGCUCCGAGCUUGUUGAUGAUAAGGCGAUUGACGGUGUGAUUUCCUGGAACGAAGAUGGAUCUACGUUCAUCGUCUGGAAUCCAACUGAAUUUGCCAAGGAUUUGCUACCCAAGUACUUUAAACACAAUAAUUUCUCCAGUUUUGUCCGUCAGCUAAAUACCUAUGGAUUCAGGAAGGUUGUGCCUGAUCGAUGGGAGUUCUCUAAUGAUUGUUUUCGUAGAGGAGAGAAACGAUUGCUGUGUGAUAUACAACGUCGUAAGAUUGCUUCAACUCCACCGGCACAACCACAGGUACCUGCUCCGUCGCCCGCUGUUGCAGCUAUUCCGGUACUACCGGUGUUGUCUCCGCCGCUUGGAAUGGUAUCUCCUUGCGAUUCAGGCGAAGAACAAGUCGUGUCGUCCAACUCAUCUCGAGGCGCUACAACUAAUUUAUCUCGAGAAACAACAGCUUCCGGAGGAACUAACGCCGAGCUUGUCGGUGAAAACGAGAGGCUAAAGAAAGAAAACGUUGAACUCAAUAAAGAGUUGAGUCAGAUGAAGAAUCUUUGCUCCAACAUAUACGUGAUGAUGUCUAGCUACGCGAAGAAUAAACCGUCGGAAGGAAGCACUUCACAGCAAUCACCACCAGAGCCGGAGGCGGCGACGACGACGACGACGAUGACCACCACCACCAUGACACCGCUAGAUCUGUUACCUCUAAAGCGGUUAGCCGAUGAGUGUUUAGGUCGCGCCGGCGACGAUGGUGAUUACCUAGAAACAACGGAAGCCGAUGAGAUGAGCCCGAGAUUAUUCGGUGUGACAAUAGGUGUGAAACGGUCGAGGGAGGGAGUGUCGGGAGGUGGCGGUGCGGCGGAGCAGUAUAAUGAGCUGCGGCUUCGACAGCCUGGAGGAGACGUGAAAUCUGAGCCGUUGGAUCAAAACGAUAAUGGUAGUAGUAGUGUUGAUAAUCAGGAAUCUACGUGGAUGUUGAGGCAAUGUCAACGGUCAGAUCGUAAUAUGCUUAAUUAGAUCGAAGAAGAGCUUACGAAGGUGGAAAAAAAGUGUAAUGUGGUAAAAGUUCACACGAGGAGAGGAGAUGAGACUGGCACGUGCCUGUUGAGUCACGUGGCAUGUUAAUCCCUUCUUGUCGGGAAACGUGGACCAAGUACCAGAAGUUUCUUGGACUUUUUUUGGCCUUUUAAAGUUUUAUCUAUAAAUUGUUAAUUCAACGAAAAUGUUAUUAUUAUUUUUUUCCAAAAAGAAUUUCUCUUUUAUGAAUAUAAGCCUAUUUCAGCUGGUUUGAUUUAAAGAUGAAUGGAUCCCAUUCCCAUGUUAUUCCGUAAUCAGAAUUUUUCAAACCAAUCAAGCUCAAGAUUUGUGAUAUUCAUAGAAUAAAGUGUGAAGCUUUAUUAUGAAUUUUAAAAAUUGUCUUUUUAUAUGCUUUAAUUAGAAGUCUUAUCACUUAUGGUAGAAGAAAGCUACGUUUUGCAUCAUUUGUAAGUGGGUAUAAUAUUAAAUUUUCUUUAAAAUUUACUUAUAACAUACAUAUGCAUUAGGGGAGGUUUUCCACUAUACGCUUCACAUAUAUUAAAUGCUAAAGUGCAUUGUUUGUUAUUUUAGGGUACAAUAAGAGAAGUUACGAAAUUGUAUAAAGCUGUCGGAAUCAAAAUAAUAAUGUGUUUGUUUUGUCCUAUGAAAUGAGAUGUUGGUCAAUCUACAAGUUUUUCAUUGUGUAAUAUUUCUCCCAAAAUAGAUUUCGAAG